UGAUCAAGAAACCGACUAUUUCUAGCACCAAGUGCUGCACGAAUUUAGAUAAAAUAAUAAUUAAUGAGGAAAACAAUUAACCACAGUAUAGUAUUUGGAAGCACCAUAAAGCACCAUUGAUGUAUACUGCGUCAGUGCACCAAUAAUGAGCUUCAAAAAUAGGCAGGACAAGAAAGUCGCGUGCCGAUGACGUAGCAAAUGCGAGACGCUUGCGUCGGACAUUCAUUAUUUCGAGUCUCGUUUUGCUUUGAUGUUAAUUAAUAGGGAAGUAAUUGGCACCAGCGAUUGCGGCUGAUGACGUCAUCAUUUAACGCGUGUUUUCGAUUUGACUUCAAUUUUUUAUUUAGUUUAAAAAGCUACGAACUUCCGCGUACGGGGUAUAUUGCCGUCGGCCAGACAAAUAAUAAAUCCGAUCAACACAGGUCAGAAAAAUGACACGUUUAUAUAAUGUGAGCAUAAGCAUAAACAUUUGUUGUUUUGAAUGGUUAAGAACGAACCGGUUGCAUCAGGUUAAUUCUUUUUAAUGUAAUCUUAUUUUCAUUGAUCAAGGUGUGAGGGAUAUUGGUGAUUUGUGUAAUGGUGUGUCAGGUGUAACUCAGUUUUUGCUGCUGUAUACUCGAAACGAACUAUGUUGGGAAGAAAAAUGCUGAAACUCCCAUGGCGAAUUUAUAAGGAGGCGGUCUUCAUAUAUUUACUGAUCUUACUAAAAGUGCAUGCGAGGCCGUUACGAGAGUUUUCGGGUUCAAAUCCCGGUGAUACGGAGUGGUCGACAGUUGCAACUAAUUUGACAGAAACUGAAACGAUUACAGCUUCGAGACCCAUCGUUAUCAACGCGCCUUGCCCCCAGGAAUGUUUCUGCUUCUUAGAAUCCUUAGCCCAUUGCAGUAGGGCGAACCUUACACGUAUACCAUGCGAGCAGCGAGAAAGUGGAAUUAUAGUCCUGUCCAAGUUCCCACACACAGUCAAGGAGUUGCAUUUCAGCAACAACCUGAUAUCUCGGUUGAGCGCGAAUUGCUUUCUUGCAAGCGGUAGUCAAUACCAGACCUUGUAUUUACAGAACAAUCAAAUAGAAUCCAUCGACCACAAUGCGUUUCAAGGCAUGAAUCGGCUCAAGUUUAUAGACCUGCGUAGCAACAAUGUGUCGUCUGUAGUUCACGGUCGCAGCAAUUUGCAGCAAUCAGUUUUUACCGGGCUGGAAGGGAGUUUACAAUCUCUUCAGCUCUCGCGUAAUAAGAUUCGUAACAUUCCAAGACAAAGUUUCGCCAAUUUUUUACGACUUGAAGUGCUGGAAUUAAGUUCGAACGAAAUAGAAUGGAUAGCGGUAAACGCCUUUCAGGACUUAACAGCCUUGAGAAUUCUACGCUUGAGAAACAACCCGUUAAAUCAAAUCACAUUGGGUAAUAUGGAUCAAAUCAUAGGCUACUUCAGUAGGCCAAUGUCAACACAGAAUGUUUACCAAGACCUGUAUUAUUCCAAUUCAUAUACAGACGAAACAAACACAAUACAAAAUAACACUAGCCCAGAACAAAAUUUAAACUCGGGCGAAGAAUCGUUGAAGACGCUGGACUUAGGACAACUCGGAUUGAGUGAAACACCCGGCACUCUCCCUGGUUCCUUAGUAACGCUGUGGCUUGACGGGAAUCGAAUCGAAAGGAUUUCGAAGGAAGCUUUCUCCAGGACAAAACAAUUAAACAUUUUACAUCUCGCACGCAACGGGUUGUACGAGAUUGAACAAAUGGCCUUCCGUGACUUAAACAAAUUGUCGAUUUUCGAUUUGUCGAAUAACCGGCUGGCAAAUUUGUCUAGCGAUGUUUUUUACGGGCUCGGUAUGUUGGUCAGAUUAAGAUUGCACAAAAAUCGUCAACUCACGGAGCUGCCAGAAAAAGUGUUUCGAGAUUCCCCGCAUUUGCAAAUACUUAACUUGCACGACUGCGCGUUGCGAAGUUUACCCAAUGGGCCAUGGAUGCAUCGCUUGUACGCAUUGACACUUUAUGGCAAUCCGUUGCACUGCACAUGCCAAACUGCUGGGCCAGUGGUUACGAGAUUACAUUACAGAAACGAAAAAAACACAUACACAACGAAACUCCUUGUGUUAGACCCUUACAGAAUGAAUAUACUGGAUGACCAAGACAGUUGGGUGGACCAAAGGCAGGAAGACGCAACAUGCCACAGCCCGCCGCAGUUUGCUGGUCGAAGAUUUGUGGAUAUUCGAAUGCAGGAAUUAGAAUGCUCUCCAUCGGAUUGGCUCCGUAUAACGAUCGAUAGGCGUCUGACACAAUAUGUAAAUGAAUACGAGGCAGGAGAUUUAGAUUACGAUGCAGACAUGAAUCUGGAAAACCUUACAAGUCAGUUGUCAUCCGCCAACUUUGAAAGCCAAGUACUAACAGAACUUAUGGAAAAAGAAAGAACGCUUACCCGUCGUGAAUCUGUAAGCGAUUUAUUGAACGACUAUUUAUUCCCGGAAGGAACGCAGAUAUUUAACGAAAGCCUUGUAACGGAUAGUAUUUAUGGUCUAAAUGGUGAAGAUAUAACAAGUGAAAGUUUGAUGCCGGAACCUGAAACAGAUGAAACAGCUGGGACACAGACCGAAUCGGAUGAUAUUAGAAUUAGAAGCUCAGUUCAACGCACAGAUACCGAAGUAGUUUCUGAACCUGUGUCAUCUAGUGAAGAAACUACAGGUAUGGACGGUUUAAUUGACGGAGAAAAGGAAACGCGUUGGAUGAUCGAACUGCCUUCGUCAGCAGAAGAAAGUAUUUUGGACGCCGGAAGAAUAGACGGUUCUGGAAGUCAGAGUUCCGAGCAGAUAACCGAGUACGCGGAGCAGACACCCGAAUACUUGGAGCAGACGCCCGAAUACUCGGAGCGGACACCUAAACACUCGGAGCAGACACCCGAAUACUCGGAGCCCACGCCCGAAUAUCCUAUUUAUCAGCCAAACUAUGAUGAAGUGAUGUACUCGGGUGAUGUCACUGCCCCAUCAUUUGAAGAAGAAGUUACGUCAUGGAUGGAACAGGACAAUGCUGCCAUCUACCGGUCGUUACUUGAAGGCGUAGAUAUGGUUCGUGAGUAUGAAGAAUAUAAUCAUGACGAUCAAAUUGACGGUAUUAAUACUGACAGUGACAACUUUUUCGUGCAAAUGUCCGAUUCAACGACAGAAGAUUACGAUUAUAUUUGAUCUGUACCUUUAUUUUUGUACUAUAGUAGGGUGGGGUAAGAUGGGACUUUUUUAUCAUUUUCUUUUAGUGUUCGAUUUUGUAGUAAACAAAAAAAUAUUUACAGAAUUAUAUAACCGAAUCCUAACAAUUCUAAUAGAACAUUGUUAAUUGAUAAAUACACGAUCAGGAAAUAUUAGAUUUAGGUGCUUAAGAUCCUAUCUUACCCCACCCCAUAGGCUACUAUAAUUCUUUUUAUCUUCAUAUUUAUUGGGCGUUAAAACUACUUAAGUGGUUGGGACAGUCAUCUCUUUUUAUUCCUGAACGCUUUAAGGUAUAUUAGUAAAUUAUUUACUUUCUGUAUUAUGAUUUUCUGAUAACGUGUUUGUAUUAUUGACGUGUUUAAACUUCAAAUAUAUGAUUUUGUUUUACUCGUUUAAAAAAAAUAUGUUUACAAGAAAAACUUUUUAAAUAAGACGACAUCACGCAACUAU